UAUUGAUAUUUUGGUUUUUGGUUUUGUUUUUCUGCAUUUUCCAUAGCAUGUCCCCACUGGCGUGCACUGUUAUAGUCACAACAUGGCUUCGAACAGAGAGGAGUCAGUUUUGCCAACUUAGUGAUAAUUUACCUAAAUUUAGCAACUUUCCCUUUAGCACCAUGAGCAGAAUCAUUUUCACAUUGUUUUGGAGGCGGUGGAAGGCAAUCGCAGAGUCAAUCUCACUCAACAUUGCCAAAGAUGUGUUGCCCAUUUAUACGCCACGUAUAAAUGGGGCAUCAAAAGGUUGAAACCUUUUGAUCCCGAGGCAUGGGCACACCAAUGAAAAACAUACAGUAAACAGAAUUAUGGAAAAAAAAGUAUGCAGCAUUGCACAAAUAAAUGUUUUUUAAAGGGAACCUUAUUGCAAAAAAUUACUUCACAGCGUAAUUGCUUUUGUAGAGCAUUUAAUUAGUUCCUUGAUGCCUUAUUAGCUCUACAGUACAUGAGAGAUUAUUACCAAUUUCAAGAUGGAACUCGCAAUGAGCAAAAAUGCCUCAGGAUUGCUUGAGGAAGAGACUUUUUUUAUUGAGCAACCAACAGUCAAUGUCGCAUUCACAAAGACCUUGUCACACAUUGCAAGGAACAAGGGAUUCCUCGCAUGCCUAGCGGGCUUUUGUGUGUACUGUCAGAAAUUACGUGUUUAUUGUUUACAUAGUUGUUGAUUCCCGAUAGUAGUAGUAGUAGUUUUGUGUGUGUUUUGUUUAGGUUAGGUUAGUAUUCUGUUAAGUGACCACCCUGUUCGUUUUCACUGUGUUUUAGGGAUAAGGAUGACAGUUUUUUAUUUUGACUGUGCUGAAUCACUAGAGUCAUUUUACUACAAUGAUUUGGUCACAAACUUGAAGGUAUUUUUUGUUUUUUCAAAGCUGUUGUUUUUAUCAGGAAAUAAUGUCAGUGGUUUUUGCUUUUUCUAUAAGCGAAGGGGGAAAGAUAUUCAAUUUAAAUCUGAUUUUUGUUUAAGAAAUACAAAAUUUGAGACUUUAUAUUAAGGCCAUAUCGCCCAGCCCUUGUGGAACAUAGUAAAGUCAUAGUACACUGGCCUCUGACCCCAUAACAUCACCCUGAAUGGUUCAUGUUGACGGACAUUCAGCGUGUGUCCGUUGUCCGGCAUUUCGUCCCAAUGUGUUCCGGUGCUUUCGUGUGUGCUGGAAACAGAUUCUUGUGCUCUCUCUCCAGUCUGUGCGGAGUCUGCAUGCAAUCGCAGAGAUGAGCUCAGAGGUCAUGUGAGCGUUCACAGACAUGGGGGCAAUUUGUGUCACACUGAAUCAGUGGCGAGAUGAGCAAAUGAGCUCAGGAGGAUGGUCAUGAGAUGGCGCGACUCCGAACGGGGCGCUCAUUUGUGAGGACAUCGAUGAAUGCGGCGGCCAUGUGGGGGCUUCCCCGCAGUCAAACGCUGACUAUUAUCAUUUAUCUCCCAGCUCCAUGCUUGCAUGCGAAGCCGAAAAGAUGGAGCAGAUGGAGCGAUUACGCUGAACUGAUUUCAUGCUGCCCCUCACUAAUUAAAUCACCCCAGUAUACGCUUGUUCUACACUUGUGUAACCAGGCUGAGGCCCACUACAAGGGUCACAAACACACUCGCAAGAUGAAGGCCUUGGAGAACCAGAGGAACCGGCAAAAGAACAAGCACGGCCCUCCCACAGCGGAGAAAGAGAAGGAGACGGCGGGAGAAAGUGGACCACAAAUAGACUUGAAUUCAGACAGAACAGAUUCAGGCAUAUCGUCGCAACCGGAAAAGGGCCUUGGGAGCUCCCUACCCCCCGCUGCCCCCGCUAUAGUUUCCUCCACAAGCCACGCUCCUCAGCUGUCCCAGCAAUUUCCUCACAGCCCUCCGCUUCCCCAUUUAACAUUGGCGGGGGCGCCUAUCGAAGGCCCGCCUCCAGCACCGCAACCCCCUCACGGGCCCCCUGCUGUCGGGGAAAAAGAAGAUGAUGAGGUGAAGGUGGAGGAUAAGGAGGCCAACAAAAAAGAGCUCCACUGUCCUACGUGCAAAGUGACUGUGAACUCCAGCUCUCAACUAGAAGCUCACUGUAGUGGCUCUAAACACAAGCAGAUGCUGCACAGUCCCAACAGCAGUCAGUCGCACCGCAGGGCGAAGAGGACGUCCUCGGCGAGACGCCCCUCCCGAAUAAUUAAGCAACGGAUGGGCACCAACAAGACCAGGGCGGCAGUGGGCGUCAGAGGCCAGCGUUUUCAUUGUCAACUGUGCCAGGUGGCCGUCAACUCGGAGAAACAGCUCAAACAGCACAUGAACAGCAGGAGACAUAAAGAGCAUUUGGCCGGGAAGCCUGUCAAGGUGAAGGCUAAAUUCACCCCUUAUAAUAAACUGCAGCCCAGCACUGCGUUAGCGACUAAACUGGCCUUGCAGAAGCAGUUGUCCAAGGCCCUGCCGGCAGGGUUCCACACCAGCGCCCUCAAUCCAGCUGCUUUUUGCACUUUGGCAUCAGCACCGCUGGCACUACGACUGCCACAGGGUCCCACGGCCAUCAUCCACAGUCCCCUGAUAAGCCCCGCCCUCUUCAGACCUGCCCCGGGACCGCUGAGGGCCACGCACCCGCCCAUUAUUUUCUCUCCUUAUUGACAAUGAGGACAAAAUGUCACAUUUGACACAUCAUCAGUAAAGUAUGCACAUUCACCCAAAAAAUACAGUGGUGCUUUGACUUCCGAGUGCCCCAACCUACACGACGUUAAAGUUACGAGUCGUCGCUUGUUGCGAGCAAAGAUUUGACCAAAACUUGAGCUAUGCCACUGCUUGAAUGAAGUGGGGGGAAGGGGAAAAAAAAGAGCCAUACUGACCAAUGCACUUUUAGUCAUUUAUUUAACAAGACAACCAACCAAACAUACAAAUCUUCUUUUUUUCCUUUGGGCUUGCCCCUUUAGGGGUCGCCACAGCGCGUCAUCCUUUUCCAUGUAAGCCUCUCUCCUGCAUCCUCCUCUCGAAACACCAACUGCCCUCAUGUCUUCCCUCACGACAUCCAUCAACCUUCUCUUUGGUCUUCCUCUAGAUCUCUUGCCUGGCAGCUCCAUCCUCAUCACCCUUCUACCAAUACACUCACUAUUUCUCCUCUGGACGUGUCCAAACCAUCGAAGUCUGCUCUCUCUAACUUUGUCUCCAAAACAUCGACCCUCGGCUGUCCCUCUGAUGAGCUCAUUUCUAAUUUUAUCCAACCUGGUCACGCCGAGAGCGAACCUCAACAUCUUCAUUUCCGCCACCUCCAGCUCUGCUUCCUGUUGUCUCUUCAGUGCCACUGUCUCUAAUCCAAACAUGAUGGCUGGCCUCACCACUGUUUUGUAAACUUUGUCCUUCAUCCUAGCAGAAGCUCUUCUGUCACAUAACACACCUGACACCUUCCUCCACCCGUUCCAACCUGCUUGGACCCGUUUCUUCACUUCCUGACCACACUCACCAUUGCUCUGGACGGUUGACCCCAAGUAUUUCAAGUCCUCCUCUCUUGCUAUCUCUUCUCCCUGUAGCCUCACUCUUCCCCCACCACCCCUCUCUUUAUAAAGUCAAGGUACCACUGUUUAAGGACCAUCACUCAACUAUUUGAGUGCAUGUUUCCUGGGGUCUGAACCCCAUUGGAAGCCAUAAUAAUUCAUGUUUUUGUUUUAUUUAUAAGAAUAAUCUGCCAUUACACAAGAGUGUAAAGGUUACGCUAAUGUUGCCAAAUUUGAGAGCUUUCUAGUUGUACUCUGGGAAAACUAUAUCAUUCCUGAAUUAGUUUCCAUACAUAAAUCACUUGUCUUAUUCAGCACAAAGUAUAAAAAAAAAAUCAGCAGAGAGUCACUUUGCAUUGUAUGGUCGUUGUCAUCAAAUACAUAAUGAACGUUGUUCUGUUUGUCUUUCUGUCUUUUUCUGACCUGUGCCAUAAACAAAGCCAAGAGCAUUCACCACACUUGGUGAAUUAUUUUUUUAUUUUAUUUAAUGUUUUUUCCAGUAGAAACUAUAUUUGACAUGAGCCAUUAAAGCAGGGGUGGGAAAUCUUUUUUCCAAAUUCUCCAAAUACUUUACUGUUAUGUACUUUGAGACGCUUUUUGCUCAAGAUGUUAAAAAUCAAAUUUCAUGAAUCAUUAUACCUGUCUUAAAAAUAUUUUUAUAGCUUUUAUUCCAUUCUAAGCAAUAGGUUUAUGUUUUUAAAUGUGGUUAACUAAAACUAGCGUAACUCUUCAUUAAGUGCAAUAAUGUGGACUGAAAUGUUAUGAAUAUUUGUUCAUGUGUGUAUAAUGUAUUCUGCAUUCAUUUGUAUGUCGUGCUAUUUUUACACAGUUGUGGUUGUGUUUAUUUCUCCUGCAUUGAAACAAUCGCUAAAUUUCAUGUGCUGUAAGAAUUUAGAAGUGGGCACCUGUGAGUAUUUUGGGAAGCAUUUGAUCCGGUCAGCAAUGUAAUUCUAAAACCUCAUAGAAACUGUUGAAUAAAACAUUUAUUCCACAAA